UGACUCCUUGUAUAAGGAAGAAGAUAAUUUAUUUCCAAAGAAGAUCAUCAUGAGAUAUACUGGCACUAAACAUCUUCCUAGUUAGCAAUGCAGCGUUCGUUUCCAACAUGUGAGGUUUUGUAUUUUAACAUCUUGAGAUUGUCUCAAUGGCUUAAUUUGUAUUCUGGUUAGUUGUAUUUUCCUCAUUUCCGGAAUACGAGAGAAGUUUUAUGGAAUUUUACUGACUAUUGCAGGGUAGCACAUCAAAAUGGAGAACAAGAAUGGAUUUGUGGACGUAUCUUGUUUCCUUCUUGUGGAAGAUAGUGGGGACUCUGAGGCAGAUUAUGAACCUGUUAUAGCCGGGGAUGAAGAUGGUGAUGAUGGUGAUGAAGGUGAUGAUGCUGAAUCUUGCUGCUAUAACGUCAGGGAGAUUCAGAUGGUUGAUGAUUUUGAUCAGGAAGCUGUUGAGUGGGUUGAUUAUCACCAAGAACUCAACAGUCGUGAUGAGCCGAGUUGGAGGAGCUGCAAGAUGUGGUGUAUAGAUGCAGCAGAGCAGGGAGAAGAGGGAGCCACGUUUGAUGUUAAUGGGCGGAGUAGAGAGGUGAUGGAUGGUAUGGAAGACAGGCUCUUCUGGGAAACUUGCAUGGCUGUUGGGUACCCUUGAGUUAAAUUUCUUUCAUGCGUGUGUGUGCUUUCUUUUUCAUUAUUGCUCUCUUUUUUUUAUAUAUAUAUAAUUACUUUUCAGAUAGAUAAGAUCAGCAAUAUCAUAAUAGAUUGAUGUAUAUAUAAUAAAAAGAAAAAUUUGUAUUUCAC